AUGGUCGUCCCAGACGAAUACGUCGCUACAGAACUUAAAAAUUUGGAAGAUAUACUUCACGGCAGACCCAUCCAUUCAAGACUGCAUCAAACAAUUGCCAGCCUGCCGGACCACUGCGGUACCAUGGGCGACAAUGACAAUCUCUAUCAUAUGAUUAUUCUUUUGGAGGAGGCGAUGGAAGCGGAUGAGCCGGCGGAAGGAUCCGAUGAGCAAGAAACGAAAAAGAUACAUGAAUUCGUCGAAGAGUUGGUUCUUCCCUUCACGGUUGACGAGCUGGAUGCCCUGAACAAGUGGUUUGACAAGUUCGACGAAGACAUCUGUAUACCGAACGAGGGACACAUCAAAUAUGAGAUAACCAGCGAUGGCAUGAUGGUCCUCAUCCUUGACAAGGAAUACGAACACCUGAUUACCAACGUUAGAGAUUUUGUUGAAGCUAAUAGUUCAUGA